GGCAGGAGGAGGCGGCAGCAGGAGGAGUCAGCGCCCGGCCCCCCCCCCUCCCCUCCUCUCCCCCCGCUCAGUCCCGUUACGGCCCCCCCCCCGCCCUCCGCGCUCCGCAGCCACCACCACCAUGUCGGCGCCGGCGGCCAAAGUCAGUAAGAAGGAGCUCAACUCCAACCACGAUGGGGCCGACGAGACCUCAGAAAAAGAGCAACAGGAAGCAAUUGAACACAUUGAUGAAGUACAGAAUGAAAUAGACAGACUGAAUGAACAAGCCAGUGAGGAAAUUUUGAAAGUAGAACAGAAAUACAACAAACUCCGCCAACCAUUCUUCCAGAAGAGGUCAGAAUUGAUCGCCAAAAUCCCAAAUUUCUGGGUAACAACAUUUGUCAACCACCCACAAGUAUCUGCACUGCUGGGAGAAGAAGACGAAGAAGCACUGCAUUAUUUGACCAGAGUUGAGGUGACAGAAUUUGAAGAUAUCAAAUCAGGUUACAGAAUAGAUUUUUAUUUUGAUGAGAAUCCAUACUUUGAAAAUAAAGUUCUCUCCAAAGAGUUUCAUCUGAAUGAAAGUGGAGACCCAUCUUCAAAAUCAACUGAGAUCAAAUGGAAAUCUGGGAAGGAUCUGACAAAACGUUCAAGCCAGACACAGAACAAAGCCAGUAGGAAGAGGCAGCAUGAAGAGCCAGAAAGUUUCUUUACCUGGUUCACUGACCACUCUGAUGCAGGGGCUGAUGAACUAGGAGAAGUCAUCAAGGAUGACAUCUGGCCAAAUCCACUGCAGUACUACUUGGUUCCUGAUAUGGAUGAUGAAGAAGGGGAAGGAGAGGAGGAUGAUGACGAUGAUGAAGAGGAAGAAGGAUUGGAGGAUAUUGAUGAAGAAGGAGAUGAAGAUGAGGGGGAAGAAGAUGAAGAUGAUGAUGAGGGAGAGGAAGGCGAGGAGGAUGAAGGAGAAGACGACUAAUUGAACACUGAUGGAUUCCAAAUCCCCCUCCCCUUUUUACCUUUUUAAUUUUUCUCCAGUCCCUGGGAGCAAGUUGCUGUCUUUUUUUUUUCUUGUGCUCAGUCGCCUUGUUCUCUUGAGGUCUCUUUUUCUCUCCUCUACACCAUGGUUCACAAUUUAUUUUGGGGGAAAUACCUUGAGCAGAACACAGUGGAAAAGGAUCUACCGGUUUCUGUUUCAAGUUCAUUUUUAUCCCUUUCUGUCUCAAAACAAAAACUGUUUAUGGAAUCAACACACCAUGUUCUGUGGGAAAAAAGAAAACCUUCUGCUCCCUUCACUCUGCUGGAAGCUGAAGAGUGCUAGGCCCCUGUGUAGUAGUGCAUAGAAUCUAGCUUUUUUCCUUCUUUCUCUGUAUAUUGGGCUCAGAGAUUACACUGUGUCUCUAUGUGAAUAUGGACAGUUAGCAUUUACCAACAUGUAUCUGUCUACUUUCUCUUGUUUAAAAAAAAAAAGAAAAAUAAAAAAAAACGGGGUUAUAGAAGGUCAGCUGGGGUGGGUUUCAGAUGUUUGGGUGGGUUAAGUGGGCAUUUUGACAACAUGGCUUCUUCUCCUUUGGCAUGUUUAAUUGUGAUGUUUAACAAACAUCCUCGCAGUUUAAGAUGACACUUUUAAAAUAAAAUCUUCUCCUAAUGAUGACUUUGAGCCCUGCCACUUGAUGGAGAAUCAGAGCAGAACCUGUAGGAUCUUAUUUGGAAUUGACAUUCUCUAUUGUAAUUUUGUUCUUGUUUAUUUUUAAAUUCUUUUUUUUUUUGUUUCACUGGAAAGGAAAGAAAGAUGCUCAGUUUUAAACGUUAAAGUGUACAAGUUGCUUUGUUACAAUAAAACUAAAUGUGUACACAAAGGGACUGGUUGGUCUUCACUGAAAGAAACAGUUGUAAUACCCUGUUUUGACCUUGCUUAUAGUAUUUAUGUAGUGCAAUGCAACCUUGUGGUUCUGUGGACUGAUAAUCAGUUCGUUCAGGUUCCAUUACAGUAUUUGGAAAGUUUCAUCUGGUAGCUACUCCUGCACACUCCGUUUCUUGAAUUACAUAACUCUAAGACAAGACUGUAGGUGCAUAUAUACUUUGGGUGAAGACAGACAUAUAUAUAGAUAUAUUCAUAAUCUGCAAAAAGAAAAAUCAUUUGAUUCUUAGAUAUUUUUUAAGUAACUUGCAGUACUGUAUCUCCAGUAAAUCAGUUUGCAUGAAAAAAACCAUGCGAGUUCAGAGUAAAAAGACCGAAGGGUCUCCUAGUAAGACUGGUGGCUUUGGAAGUCCUUUCAGUUGAAAAUAAAUCUUAAGUGCAAGCUAAUGUUUUGGGCUAUUUCAAUUAAUAAGAUUCUUUGUGAAGCUCUUGUAUAAAAAGGUUGCUACUUGACUGCUUUCUUUCCUUGGUAGCAGCAUGUAUAUAUGCUUUGGAUGUACUUUGUUUUCCCCCAUGUUAAGAGACUGCGUUGGAGUAGCUUAUAAUGAUUUCACGUAGAGGUUGUUGGGACUGGUAUUCCACAAAGUGUAAUGAACGUUGUUUUUAACAUGCUGUGCUUUUGAAAUAUUUAAAAGAUUGUAUUAGCUAAUCUCAAAUUCAAACAGCUAGUUCUCUGUGGAUGUGUAGAGAAGACUGUCUUCUGGGAAGACUUGCUCUUAUAUUCUCUGAUUCCUUUUCCUCACAGAAUUUGCUGUAGUCGAAUUCUGCUUUUUUUGAUGCUUAAGAAUACACGUAGCAGAACAAGAUUGAUCUCUAUUUGAGAGGUGCCCAAAUAACAUGGGGGGAAAGAGUAUUCUGUGAGUGUCGGGUCUAUCUUGGAUUCAGUCCAGUUAUUGGAGACAAUACAGCAUCCAGUCUGCCUGUGAUCAGUGCAAAAUAGUACAGCCAUGUACUUCAUUCCACCUCAGCAAAAGCUUCUGCCCCGAUCUUACUGUUUGCAGAGCAAAUUAAAAUAAUUGUAAUGGUUUCUUGCCAUCUAGAGAGAGAACAAAUGAAAACUAUGAAGUCUAUAAUUUUUUUCUUUUGAUUCUUUUUUGGUAUAAGAUUAAAGUCCACUACCUGUUGCAGUAGCAGGUUGAUGUGCUGUUACUUGCCCUGAUGCCUCAUAAAUGUUACUUAAUUUUUUAUGUAAUCCUAAUUGAUUGUAGUUCUUUCAGGAAAAAGAAUCUUUAGCUAGUCUUUAAUGCUUUGUGAAAAAUACUGUGCCAUUGUUGUUAACAUGUCUGUUACUAGCAGAAAACCUUAUAAAAACUGUUUUGAAAGUAAUCAAAGCUUCAGGUUCUGUAAAGUCGAAUACCAUGA